AUGCCGUUCCUACCGCUCUCCGAUCGGAGCAGCUCCCCGUUCCAUUGGAUACAGGGCGGUAGGGGCAAGAGUGCACCUGUGUUCGCGCAAAGUAUCGAUAAAUCUGGAGAGGAUCCGGUGGUAUCAGCUUUAAGGCCAUAUGGAGCUCCGGAUGAUGACGGUGCCAGAGAUAAAGAGAUACUAGCAUUCCAGAAAUUGUUUGGAAAUUUCUCAGGAAGACCUACUGGGCUGCCAGUGACAAGUCCUCAGAAACAAGACAACAUCGAGGUUUCCUUGACAGACCACCUCGUCAACGUAGAGCGUAGUUAUGACAACAACGAAACCCAAAGAAUAAGCAUGGAAGACAUUAUGAGUACUGAAGUGAAAGACAAUGACACAGUGAGUGAAAAUAACGUGACAGAUACAAAACCAAGUGUUCACGAAGACGUUGUUACUAAGUUCCUUAGGUUGAUAGAGACUCAACAUUUGUUAGGAGAAAAUUGUACUGCUGGGACCGCUUUAAAUUUAGGUGAAGGUGUUGUGGAUAGAUAUGCUCAAGAACGUUUUAGGAUAGAAGCUGAUGUUGCUGUGAAUAGAGCUAACAUGUUAACUAGACUGUGGAAGUACGCCGGUCCUUCCGUAAUGCAUAAUGAAUACUUGUUACAUGCCAGUGUGUUCUCUAUGGUAGAAUUUGAUGAUGAUAUAUUCGCCGCUGGGAAUUGUUAUGAUCAAUAUCAGUAUAAGGACUACCAGUUGUUUUGUCCGUUCGCGUAUAGACUGCCUGAAGGGCUGAUUCUGGCGAAGGAUUUGGCUGUGGAGUACAAAUAUUUGAGUAACACUUCAGAGUGGUUCUACAUAGCGCGUAAGAACGCCGAGCGAGUGAUCAGAAACCACAAUCAGUUUGUUAAAGGUUACCACACAUACACGCACAACGAUACUGCGCACACGCCGCGAGAGUCCGAUGAGAUCCUGAUAGUGACAUACGAGGACGGCAAAUGGUCGAAGCCGUACUAUGACUGUGGUGGCGGCAACAUAUGGAUGCUCACUUACACCGUGCCAUUCUUCGGUUACAGCAAUGGCACUUAUUUCUUCAAGGGUACAAGUGGAAUCGACAUAGAUCUCCGUCGCGUGGAUAUCGACCAGUGCCCCUUGAAACCAGGCUCCACCCAGCUCAACAUCUUCGCUGGGACUGACAAGUGCAAGAAGAUUACCACCGAGUGUGUUCCGGUCCCCGGUCUCGGGUUCAGGCGGGGUUCCUACCGCUGUCUCUGCAAGCGAGGCUUCUACUAUCCCAACACGACGGCUGCCAAUCGCUACUACAACGGCAGCGAGAUCGAAGAGGAAUAUGAGAAGCAUUUGCUGAACCAAAAAAACGUGUACGCCACAGCUUUGGGGUUCGAAUGUCUUCCGUGUGCCGAGGGUUGUGAGGCUUGCGUGGACGGGUCACCGUGUGUGGCUGCCUUGAACUGGGUUGUACGAACCACCAUCUUCGCCUUGGCCUGUCUCGUCAUCUCCUGUCUACCCUUCAUCGUCUACUUCACCAUCAAGUACGGACAUGUCAGGGUGGUUCGAGCCGCCAGUCCAGCUCUUCUCAGGGUCAUAGUCCUCGGAGCAAUGCUGAUCUACUGCACCACCCUGGUCAUGUAUGGAAGACCAACAGUCUUCACAUGCACUGCCAGGGUCUGGCUGAGGGAGGUUGGCUUCUGUCUCACGUAUGGUGCUCUGAUGUUGAAGACAUGGAGAAUAUCCGUGAUCUUCCAAGUACGAUCAGCGAAAGCAGUGAAGAUAUCAGACAUGUAUCUGCUCCGGCGCAUAGGCAUCAUUGUGGGCGUGGCUUGCGUGCUGCUGGCCAUCAGGACGCUGGUGGCGCCACCUGCCGUCAUCGUUGGAAGAACUAAGGACGACUUAAAGGCGUACCUCUGCAAUACCGAUUGGUGGGAUCACUCAUUUACCACAUUGGAGGUGAUAUUCCUGAUGUGGGGCAUCCGUCUAUGCAUCAUGGUGCGGAAAGCCCCGUCUGAGUUCAACGAGAGCCGAUUCAUCUCCAUGGCUAUCUACAAUGAGUUCCUACUCUCUGUCUUCCUCAAUAUUUCCAUGUUGUUCCUACAGUCACCAGCGAAUCCUGAUCUUCUGUACAUUAUCUUCUUCUGCCACACACAGCUCACUGUGACGCUUCUACUGUGUUUCAUUUUUGGUAGUAAGGCAUACAUGGUGUACAAAGGGCAUGGCAAAGAUGAUAGAGAGAAGACUGGCAAGUUCAGAUCCCGUCCUGCAGAGUCUACCUACACCAUGACCACCAACAGAAGCGCCAGAUUCUGUGAUAAUAUGACAGAAAGAGAAUUAGACGAGGAGUUAAGAAAGAUCCUGAAUCAGCUUGAAAAGUUACGCGAACGUUGCGGACCUGGUCCAACAGUUCGUCGCAUCACUGCCAUGCAAGAUGCUGCCAACGUUCACGAUCGCAAGCCUGCGUCUUCAGACUCCGCCCCUCUCAAACUAAACACAGUCUUCAGCGCAGUCGCUGACAGACUCAUGUGCACAGUAACGCCUGCUGAAGAAUCAAGCAGUAGCGGCAGAGACCUCCCCUUUGAAGCCCCACCCGCCUACAAACAAAAAACUUUCAGUCCCAGUAAAAGCGUUGAAAAUAGCAAUGCAGAACAAAGUCAGACUGACGUGACAACAGCUGCAGACUCCCCCACACGAAGAACUGAGCUCAAUGAAGAGACUCAAGAAAAAGAAGACAAAAAAAAUGGUGUGUUCAAAAUUUCUGGUGAAGCAAAUUGUAGUGAUAUCAGGCCUCCCGAUGUGGCCAGUAACGGUUUUAAAAGUGAUAAGAGUGAAUUGAAAUCUAGUCCUGGUAGCACGGAGACUGUGAAAGGUGUCAGGUCAGGUCACGCCAGGACUCACGCUAUUGUUAUUAAUUUAGAUGACAAAAGUCGCUUCACCGAAGAGGUAACUGUGUAG